AUGGAGGCACCCCAUGCCCCGCACAACGGCAGCAGCGGCACGCCAAGCUCGAUGGAACCGACGUCGGUCAUCUCAGUCGCGGGGGCAUGCCUGACGGUGGUGCUGCGGACGUCGCGCGAGAUCAACGAGCUGGUGGCCAAGGCGCGGCGGAUCGACCACACGGUAACGCUGAUCCUCGCGCGGCUGAGCACGAUCCAGGCGACCGUGUCGCAGCUGCGGUCGUGGAUGAUGCAGAAUGAAGAAGAGGUGUCGCCGCAGGUGGCAGCGGACUUGCACACGGCCAUCGGCGCGUGCCAGAUGGUGGUGCGCGAGAUACUGCGGCACGUCCAGCGCGUCAAGACGGGUUGGUUGGGAGGUCGCGUGAGACAUCUCUGGGACGAGGGACAGUAUCUCAUGUACCAGCAGAGCCUCGACAGCCAAACGGCGGCCUUGGCUAUUUUUCUUAAUGUUAUACUGCUUAAGUCCAGCACACGGCAGCGCAUACUUCUAGAGAGCAUUGAGAGCCAACGGACACUAAGAGACGCACAAGACCGGGCAUCCAUAUACUGCCCAUCCGAAUAUCAAGAAGAAGACGAGCAAGUGGAACUGCCCGAGGCCAGCAGCAGCGGCAACAGCAGCACACUCUUCAGCAGCGUCGAGCACGACCUCUUCGAGCUGCGGCCAGGCAGCGUACAAUCAGGCACCAACGACGGCUCAGAAAGCACCACAGCCACCAUUUCAACCAACUCAACCAGCUCUUCCAACGGUUUCGACGCCGAAAUCAAGAAGUCCCGACGCUCAUGGCUGAGCCUCCGCCGACCCACCUCAUCAUCAUCAUCAACCAAACAGCAACUCUGCGACGCCGCAUUCCAGGGCGACGCCGCCCUAAUCGCCCGCCUCUGCGACGAAGGCGCCGACGUAAACGUGCGGCAUUCGCGCUGGCCCAGCACCAGCAGCAGCGGCAGGAUCAGCCGCUGGAGCAGCACGACGCUCGCCUCGUCCCUCGAAUCCGUCGACAAACCGCCUCCCACCAGCCGGCCAACCUCCUCCACCUCGGGCAGUCUAUCAAAAUACCUCUCCUGGCCAUCCAAACCAUCAACAACAACAACCGUCGAAACCUCCCCCCUCCACCUCGCCGCCUCAAUGGGCCACCUCGACAUCAUCGACACGCUCAUCACCCGCGGCGGCGCGAACCCGAACCUAACAGUAUCAGAAGGCCGCACGCCACUACAUGUAGCAGACGAAGACGCCGUCCCGCUCCUCCUCUCCCUCGGCGCCGACCCGCUCGCCCGUGACGCCCAAGGCCAACUACCGCUGCACUGCGCCGCCGCUGCUGGACACCUGAAAGCGGUCCUGCUCUACAUCCAACACCAAGACCGCCGGAACCCCAACCACCACCACCAACAGCAACAGCAACAUCAACACCAACAGCAGCACCGAGACAAGUCCAUGAUCGACACCCCCUCCAACCACCGCCUCACCCCCCUCCACUGUGCCUCACUCCACGCCCGCACCGCCGUCGUCGCGGCGCUGUUGGCCGCAGGCGCGUACCGCAACGCAGCCGACGACACGGGCCAGCGGCCGCUGCAUCUCGCCGCGCAGGCCGGCGCGGUCGGCGUCGUCGAGGCGUUGUUGGGGGCGGGGGCGGACAGAGAUGCGGCGGCGGGAAGGGAGCGGCGGACGGCGCUGCAUGUGGCGGCGGGGGCGGGGCAGGUGGGUGUUGUGGAGGUGUUGUUGGCGGCGGGGUGUAGGGUUGAUGGGAAUGCGGUGCAUCUGGCGGUCGAGGGGGGGCAUAAGGGGGUGCUGGGGGUUUUGCUGGGGGCGGCGGCGGGGGAGGAGCGGGGGGACGGGACGGAAGGGCAAAAGGGGGAGGGGAGGAAGGGGGAAAGGGUGGUUGAUGCGCGGAUGGGGAGGAGGGGGGAGAGGCCGUUGCAUUUAGCUGCGAGGAGUGCGCGGGCGGAUGACGCGGUUGCGUUGGUGCGGGUGUUGUUGGAGUAUGGGGCCGAGGUCGUGGAUGAGAAGGGUGGUGCGGUGGUGGAUCAGGCGGGGCAGUCGCCGUUGACCGUGGCGUGUGCGAGGCCGGCGGAAGCGCUGGAUGUGGUGAAAGUGUUGCUCGCGGCGGGGGUGCCGGUGAGGCAUGUUGAUUACCGGGCGUUGUGGCGGAACGAGAAGUUGAGGGCUUGGGAGAAGACGGCGGUGCAUGCGGCGUUGAAUGAGGUGGCGAGCGAGGAUUUGAGGAGGGAUGAGGUCGAGUGGGCGAUUGUGGCGGUUUAA